AUGACUAAAAAGAAUAUAGCUUUUCAUUUUAUUGCCAUAAGAAAUGCCUUUUACUCUGAAGUCAGCAUUGGGAUCACAGCCAACGCCUUCCUUCUUCUCUUCCACGUCCUCUGGUUCUUUCUCCAGCACAGGCCCAGGCCCACAGACCUGGCCAUUGGGCACCUGGCCCUCAUCCACCUGCUGAUGCUGAUCACUGUGGGGGUCAUAGCCACAGACAUUAUUGAGACUCAGGAGUUAUGGGAUGACAUCACAUGUAAAGCUGUCAUCUACUUGCACCAGGUGAUGCGGGGCCUCUCCCUGGGCACGACCUGCCUGCUGAGUGUCCUCCAGGCCAUCACCCUCAGCCCCAGGAGCUCCUGUUUGGCAAAGGUCAAGCGCACAGCCUCACAUCACAUCAUGUGUGGGUUUCUCUUCCUAUGGGUCUUCAAUUUGUCCAUCAGCGCUCGUUUCUUAAUCUCCACUAUUGCCACCAAAAAUCAGACAUCCAACAGUCUUAUGUUUGUCACCAAGUCUUGCUCUCUUAGGCCCCUGAGCUACUUACCCUGGUAUACUUUUUUUGCAACUGCUAUCUUCCGGGAUGUCUCCCUUAUUGGGCUCAUGGCCGUCUCAAGUGGGUACAUGGUGACUCUCCUGUGCAGGCACAAGAGGCAGUCCCAGCACCUUCACAGCACCAACCUCUCUCAAACAGCCUCCCCAGAGCACAGGGCCACCUGCACCAUCCUGCUGCUCAUGAGCAUCUUUGUGCUCCUGUACUUGUUGGACUGCAUUGUGUUCUCAUUCUCAGGGAUGUGGUGGAAAAUUGACCCGGUUCAUCUCUGUCUCCAGAUGUUGGUGGGCAACGGCUAUGCCACCAUUGGACCUCUGGUGCUCAUCAGUACUGAAAAUCGAAUGAUCAAGCUUUUCAAAUCCAUGCGGGAGAAGGAAAGUAAGUGUCUACUUGUUCAGGAAUAA